GAUUGAGCUGCUGACUGGAGAGGUUCCUAUAAGGUGUCAGGAUGUCACCGUCUAUUUCUCCAUGGAGGAGUGGGAGUUUUUGGAAGGACACAAAGAUCUGUACAAGGACGUCAUGAUGGAGCAUCACGAGCUGCUUACAUCACCAGAUGACUGUACCAGAAUCUCAGAAGGAUAUGUGACGUCUUCAGAUUUUAAAACAGAGGAUUAUGCUAUUACACAAAAUACAAGUGAAGAACAUGCCAUAAUCCCAGAUGUACCCUCAGAUCUUCUCAGCAAAGAUUUAUCGUGUGAUUUUUUUAAAUAUGUCCAAUCUUCUGAUUUAUCACAGACUGCAAAGGACCGGAAAAGCCACAAAAUGGGUGUUGAACAUCAAACAGAGGAGAAGCCAUUUUCAUGUUUGGAAUGUGGAAAAUGUUUUAAACAUAAAUCUGCUCUUGUUAUACAUCAGAGAAUUCACACAGGGGAGAAGCCAUAUUCAUGUCCAGAAUGUGGGAAAUGUUUUACAGAUAAAUCACAUCUUCUUAGACAUGAGAGGAGUCACACUGGGUCGAAACCAUUUUCAUGUUCAGAAUGUGGGAAAUAUUUUAACCAGAAAUCAGAUCUAGUUAGGCAUAGGAAAACUCACACAGGGGAGAAACCAUUUUCGUGUCCAGAAUGUGGGAAAUGUUUUACUCACAAAUCAACUCUUGUUUACCAUCAAAGAACUCACAGAGGGGAAAAACCAUUUUCAUGUUCAGAAUGUGGAAAAUCUUUUACUUGCAAAUCAAAUCUUCUUAAUCAUCAUAAAAACCAUACAGGGGAGAAGCCAUAUUCAUGUUCAGAAUGUGGGAAAUGUUUUACAGAUAAAUCACAUCUUCUUAGACAUGAGAGUAGUCACACAGGGGAAAAGCCAUAUUCAUGUCCAGAGUGUGGGAAAUAUUUUAGCCAGAAAUCAGAUCUUGUUAGACAUCAAAUAACACACACAGGGAAAAAGCCAUUUUCAUGUUCAGAAUGUGGAAAAUGUUUUACAGAAAAAUCAAAUCUUAUUAUACAUCAGAGAAUUCACACAGGGGAGAAGCUAUUUUCCUGCCCAGAAUGUGAGAAAUGCUUUACUCGUAAAUCAUAUCUUGAAAAGCAUUUAAAAAUUCACACAGGAGAGAAGCCAUAUUCAUGCUCAGAAUGUGGGAAAUGUUUUACAGAUAAGUCGAAUCUUGUUAUUCAUAAAAGAAGUCACACAGGAGAGAAACCGUAUUCAUGUACAGAGUGUGGAAAAUAUUUUAUCCAGAAAUCUGAUCUUGUUAGACAUCAGGUAACUCACACGGGGGAGAAGCCUUUUUCGUGUUCAGAAUGUGGGAAAUGUUUUACUCAGAAGUCAACCCUUGUUUGUCAUCGAAGAACUCACACUGGAGAGAAGAGACUUUCUUGUUUAGAAUGUGGAAAAAGUUUCACGGAUAAAUCAUAUCUUGUUAUACAUCAGAGAAUUCACACAGGGGAGAAGCCAUUUUCUUGUCCAGAAUGUGGAAAGUGUUUUACAGAUAAAUCAAAUCUUGUUACACAUCAGAGAAUUCACACAGGGGAAAAGCCAUAUUCAUGCUCAGAAUGUGGAAAAUGCUUUACAGAUAAAUCAUAUCUUGCUACACAUCAGAGAAUUCACACAGGGGAGAAGCCAUAUUUAUGCUCAGAAUGUGGGAAAUGUUUUACUGAUAAAUCAAAUCUUGUUAAACAUCAGAGGGGUCAUAAAGGGGAGACAUAUUUUUGAGGGAAUGUAUGUGGAAAGUGUUUUAACUAAAAGCCAGUUCUUAUUGCACAUCAAAGAUAAAAUGUCCAGAAGGAAGGAAAUGUUUCAGCGACAAAUCACAUUUUUAAAACUCAGGAAAGGAAGGCUAUUUAAAGCACUACAUCAUGAUUAAGGGUACGUUGAUAUCACUAGUAACCUGAUCUGGCAGGCUGCUCUGGCAAAACAGAGUUCACCAGAUCUGGCAUUGCCCGAUGCUGUUGUUCACUGCCGGACCCCAUAGACUUUAAUGGCAUCUGGUGAGGAUCUGCUUUAGCUUUAGCUAUGAGUGCCAGGUUUCAGGUGGACAAAAACCAUGACAUGCAACAUUUUUUGCCGGCUGGAUCCCAUUAUAGUCUAUGGGGUCCAGCAGUGAGCAUCAGUAUCUGGAAACGCCGGAUCCAGAAACAUCCCAUCUGAGUUGACCAGAUCUGGCAUUCCCCGAUGCUGUUGUUCACCGCCAGACCCCAUAGACUAUAAUGGCAUCUGGUGAGGAUCUGGCCGCUUUAGCCAUGAGUGCCAGGUUUCAGGUGAACAAAAACCAUUGCAUGCAGCAUUUUUUUCCAGCUGGACCGCAUUAUAGUCUAUUGGGUCCGGAACUGAGCAUCAGUAUCUGGAAAUGCCGGAUCCUGAGAACAUCAGCAGGCUGUUCUUUGCUGGAUCAGGUUACUUUCACAUUUAGAUAUAUAACAGCAUCUCAAGACUUGUUACUCGUUAAUAAACAUUUG